CUCCGGCUGCCGCCGGGGGCGCUGGGAAACCGGGCGGCGACGGUGUCGUAAAAGCGUCGCGAAACCAUUCGCUCUUGGCGGCUCCCUGCCACCUGUAUAUGCGGAGCGUGCACGGUAUGAAAACCCAUGGACAAUCCCAAAUAUGUUGUCAAUGACGAGAAUUGGCUUGGCCCCUGUUCUGGGCUAUUUGAUUAUUGAAGAAGAUUUUAAUAUUGCACUAGGAGUUUUUGCUUUAGCUGGGCUAACUGAUUUGUUGGAUGGAUUUAUUGCUCGAAACUGGGCCAGUCAAAAAUCAGCUUUGGGAAGUGCUCUUGAUCCACUUGCUGAUAAAAUACUUAUCAGUAUCUUAUAUGUUAGCUUGACCUAUGCAGAUCUUAUUCCAGUUCCACUUACUUAUAUGAUAAUUUCGAGAGAUGUAAUGUUGAUUGCUGCUGUUUUUUAUGUCAGAUAUCGAACUCUUCCAACACCGCGAACACUUGCUAAAUAUUUCAAUCCUUGCUAUGCCACUGCUAGGUUAAAACCAACAUUCAUCAGCAAGGUAAACACAGCAGUCCAGUUAAUCUUGGUGGCGGCUUCUUUGGCAGCUCCAGUUUUCAAUUAUGCUGACAGCAUAUAUCUUCAGAUACUGUGGUGCUUUACUGCUUUUACUACAGCUGCAUCAGCCUACAGUUAUUAUCAUUAUGGUCGGAAAACUGUUCAGGUGAUAAAAGGCUGAUGAAAGUCAUCCGUCUCCAUUAGCAAGGAAGCAGUAUGCAGCAUCAGCGCAGGGCCGUGGACUUCUAUGGGAGUUUCCCUGUUUUGGUGUUCAGCUUGAAAAAGGACUUGUCAGAACAAACCAUGUCAUCAAAAUUUAAGUAAUGUGCAUUGAAAAUAAGCGUGAUCAUGGGCAUAUGAAGAAUUUCCAAUGUGUUUUUAAAUACAAAUAAAACUAUAAUUUAGACUUUUUAA